UGAAAGGAUUGGAAGGUAAUGAAAAAAAAAAAGAAGAAGAAAAAUGAAAAACACAACCAACCAGCUCGCCACCACCUAAUAACUCUGUAAUCAAAUUUGAAUAAGCGUGGCGAAGAAGUAAAGAUUUUAAGUGAGUAAUCCUAGUGGAGAAAACACGUUGAUUAAUGCAGAGUCAUUACUUGGUGGCGAGUUGGUUGGCGUCAAGUCGACAUCUUGGUGGCGAUUUCGUUUGACUACGAGUAGUCCCCCAUUUUUCCUCAGUGAUAGUCGAGGUAGAGAAACGCGAGCGCGCGUGAAAAUCACGUUGUUGCCUCUUCUCGCGUGGUGUGAUUUUCACGCGCGCUCGCGUUUCGCUCUCUCUACUAUCUCUGAGGAAAAAUGGGGGACUACUCGUAGUCUAGGAAACUCGUUGGUGGCGAGAUGACCGUAAACUUGUGAUAGUUAUCUCGCUUGAUUAUGAUGAUGUGUAAUCUGUUUGACAUUGUUAGGGAGCUUGCUCAUUAUGGAAAGAUUCCAUGGGUAGAGUACUGGGAUUUUCUUGGAUGUUAUGCCGACCUGUCAACCCCUCAAGGUCUGGAGAAGCUAGAAGAUUAUUUAACCAAGAAAAAGGACAGAAUUCUGUUAAGUAGGCUAUCGGUAACACCCCAAAGACUGAGAAAUGUGAAGAGCACAGACAGUGCUGUUCUAAAAACACCUGAAUCGAGGCAGAGCAGUAUUGUUUUAAGGGAGGAUGUUUUGUUGAGACCAGGAGAACAUGAAAGUGUGAGUAACUGCCGUGAGAAAUCUGGCGUUAAGGACUUCAGCGAAGGCUGUAAAGCAACUUCAAGGAAAAUACGGUUUUCAGAUUCACAAAUUGAAUCAGAUCAUGCAUCUAUGGAAGUAGAUAAAGACUUACUGUGGGAUUCUACACGACAGAAUGCUGUGGAAAAUGUGUUAACCUGUAGUUCACCCAUGCCUCAAAGAUCAGAGGUUAAAAUGAAUGAAGCUGUUGUAGACGAACUGGCAGAUAACCUAGAUACGCUUUCUCUACAAAGAGAACAAGCUAAAACAAACAGAUUUAAUACUUCGGUAGCUGAAAUACCAAACAAACUGAACACACUUGAUGUGAAUAGUUGUUCAGGAGAAGCAAGUGAUGCAAAAGAUAAUGUGGAUAAUGGCAGCAGUCUUCUAUGCAAGAAGAAGUUAUCUUACCACUCACCAGAAAACGAAAGUAGGCUGUUUGACGCAAAAAACAAAAAUAUAUCUGAUGUAGUUCCUAUGGCGACAGAUGUGGAAGUCAAGGCUAGUUUAGGGGAUGAGAAUUUUAAACGUUCUACCCACUUGGAAAACGACAGAAAUGAAAGUUCAACGUCAUUAUUAUUGUCAUCAAUGCCAUCCACAAAGGCACAAAAUUCUGAUGAGGACGAAGUGUUUGAGAACAAUGUCGAUACAGUUGCUUGGAGAUGUGUCGAGGUGGAUUGUUCAGUAACUUGUGAUGGUGGAGAUCAGGGCUUUAAGUUGCCUGAAAACAAAGCGUUUAGACAUACCAAGCCCGUUAAGAGCGUGAGCGACUUUCCUGGUGGAGAGGAUGUCAAUAUUUUCAUCCAGGGGUAGGUUCCAUCGCAGUCAAACGUCUUUCUGUUAGGCGUUAUUUUUGUUUGAAUUGCUGGGAUUUCAUUUAUCAGUAAGUGGAAAAACAGGCAAAGAUGUGUAAAUUUCUAUCUUCUCGUUUUUCUGAAAAUUGUGAACUUUUUUUCGUGAACACUUCGCGCUAAAAUCGUGCGGGAAAAUGGCGCCAACAAUAACAGCAGCUUCGGUUUUAACGCGUAGAGCUUUUUUUUAAGUAAACGUUUAAAUAAGUUAAGUAAACUAACAGUGUCCGGUAUUGAAAGUAGCACCCUAAAUCGGUAAUAACGAGAUCUGGUAAUACAGUAAUAAAAAAAACCCGUAAGUAAGAGCCUGUUAGGCAAAAAUUUGCCAGUUAGGCCCCCGCUGUACAAGAACAUGUUGAGCCUAAAAUUUGAAACAGGUUCUUAUUUUUUGAAAACAUUCUAUAAAAACAUUCUGUACACUUGGGCAAAUAAGAUAAGUCAACAUUCAGGAUCCUCUUCGGAGACAUAGGUGCCUUAUCACUCCAACUGCGCAAUUAUACAGAUGUAUAUAAGGAAUAAGCUGAAUACCACUAAAUGCUCUUAGCUACAUUGAAUUUUUUUCUUCAGAAAAUUAGAACCUACCGUAAAAUUCCGAAAAUAAGCCCCGGGGCUUAUAAUUUUCAAAGGCUCUUUUUGAGGGGCUUGUUUACCGGGGGAAAUUUGCGUUUCAAAAUCAAUUGGGCUAUCCAUAUAGUUGGAAGUAAAUUUACCGUUUUUGCUUUGUUUUAGUUUGUAUUUGAGGGCAUUUUUCCAAGUACAAACCCCCGGGGGGCUUAUAUUUGGGGGGACGAUUUAACGGAGGUUUUUUUUAGUUAAUACCGGUUUGGGGGGCUUAUAUUUGGAGGGGCUUAUACAUGGACGGGCUUAUUUUCGGAAUUUUACGGUAUUCAAGAACUAAAUAGCCUAAAUUUGUUCUAAUUGCCAUUUAUGUAAGAACCUGUUUAGGCUAACCUGGAAAAAUGUAGGUUCUUAGUCGCGGAUUUUUUCUGUAUUUAUGAAUCCGAAAAAAAUUUCCUCAAGCGUAGUUAGCAGAAAUUAAAGUGCAGAAAAUUUAUUUUCUCCUGAGCUACUUACUCGAUCCAUUCAUACUUUACAGAUUACAGCCAAGUAAACAAGAUCUUGAUGUACUCUUAGCUGUAACUCAAGUAAAAAUCGAUUCAAGGAAAUACCCGAGUAUAGCACAGUGGAAGCGACUGGUAACAUCAUAUUCGGAGGAAAAGCAACGAAGGUAAGAUCUCUUGUUUGUUUCCAUCCCAGAAAGACGCUCCUGUGACUACACGCCUUGGGCUAACAUUUCAUCAGAUAUGAAAACCCCUUUUUUUUGGUUUAAGUUAUGAAAAAAAAAACAAUCAUCUUAUCGAUAAGCUUCAGCAACCUUCUCCACUGUCUCAGCACCAGCGCCGUUUUGUUCUUGUUGUCUUUGUUGUGAAGUUGACGUUAUAUUUGUUUGUUUGUUUGUUUUUUUUUUCAGUUGGCCAAGCCCUGGAUCGCCAAGGUUCCUAACAAGACAUAAAUCUCUUAUGUGGAGUUGCUAGACGAAGCCGGCUUUAUUUAAUUAUUUCUAUCAUGCUUAAUUUCCCUAGAUCUAUUGUUCACGUUUCGUUGAAAUUAUGUGUUUUAGUUUCCACGGUUUUUUUCUUCAUGUGGAGGCAGAAGGAAAAAUCUACCCUGCUAGUUUGCAAAAGAGUGGACCUUUUUGUUGGUUUCUAUAUGCACAAAUAAAAAGCGUAGAUCUUGUAAAACAAUAAACUUCGUAGAAGGCGCCGGUUUUGUUAAGGCGAAGGGAGAAAUUUCGAGGACGCGUGCGCGCACGAGAGGAGGGACAGACAGACAGAUAGAUAGACAGAUACUUUUUUAAUGAGGAUUUUCCUCGAUAUCCACAGAUAAUAUAUGCAAGGCCCUCACCUAACUAACUCCCAGGAGACGUUCUUAGCCAAUGAAAUUCUAUGGACCGUCAGAGAAGGAAGAAAAACGGAAAACGUGGGCCUUCGCUGUAGGCGCCUCCUCUCUCCUUCCCUUCGCGUGUUCCACUCACGCGCUAACCGGCGCCUUCCAAGCCUCUCCUUUGGUCUCCGCGUGCGCGCGCGCGCGCGCCUCCUUGAAAUUUCACCCUAACGUUGAUGUUACACGGGAUGAUUAGCAACGACA